AAAGCCAAUAAAAGACAAGAUUGUGUUCUUUAACUUAAAAUUAAUCGAGAGAGAGAGAGGCCAACAAUGGCGACAGCUUCCGCAUCAGGUCGAAGCAAUAGAGAUGGAACAGCCAAAGCCAUGGUGGCCGACCACAUUUCUCAGUCGGUACGAUCCACUUCAAAUCUCCUUCAUCUCAUGCAGCAAUCUUCUUCGGCUCAGGCUCAGUUAACAAAGUUGCCAAAGAAUCUUUUGGCGAAAACGCCUACUAUUAAAAAUAUUGGGAAAAUCUUAGAGCAGAUGCCACAGGUGGUUUCGUCAUUAGAUGCAUAUGUUGAGAAGGGACUAGAAAGGUUUUACAUGGAAGAGUUAACACUCACGAUCAAUUGUCGUGGAAGUUGCCCUUGUUAGUGGGCUUAUGCUGUUGCAUUCUCUAUCAGAGGGUGGAAGAAGACCUGGAUCAUAUUUUGUGGAGACAUGCGUCUGUGAAAUUUGUAUGGGAAUGCUUCUUCCGUACUUUUGAUUUCAUGCUUGCCUAGGGAUACUAGUGAUAUGAUCUGGGAGUUCCAAAAUCUGCUUUUCGUGAAUGGGAACAAUUUUUAUAGGUUGUCCAUGUGUGUGCUAUUGUGGGAUCUUUGGGGUGAGCAGAAUAAGAUAGUGUUUAGAGGUAUGGAGAGUGACCCCUCGGAUGUAUGGUCUCUCGUUAGACUUCAUGUUUCCCUCUGGACUUCAACUUCGAAGAGCUUUAGUAAUUAUCCUUUAGUUUUUUUUUUUCUUUUUUUUGUUGGCCUGAAGGAAUUAAUAUCAAUGGAUGACCCCCGAUGACAUUGUAAGUUAUCCAAUAAGCAGAUAUUUCACUAUAUUGUCUGAAUUACUACUUUGUUCUUGUCCUUUGGUAUAUCUAGUAAAAAUUGCUUCUACUUUUACUUUACCCUCCACAAGAACAAGUGUUCUAUGAUGCAUUUUAAGAUAGUUCUGUGCACUGAUCAAUUUGGCCUCUGUCUUGGUUUACUUGAUUCCGAAUGU